AUGGCCAGUCCUGCCCCGGUACACCAGACCCUGCCUUCUCCCCCACCAGCUCACCUCCGAUCAUCACCGCCAUUCAACCCAUCAUCACCACGGACCAUCCCGAACCGACCCCAAAGCUUGAACCUCAACCGCAAAUCAGGUUCAGCGUCGCAGUCCCAAAGCUCUCUCGUGAUUCAGAAUUCUCCACACUCACCGGUCAAAAUUGCACAUGGCGCAGACAUCCCCGAUGCCCCGAAAGCGCGCAUCGACGGCGCAUACAGUGGGCCCACCACACCGCAAUUGGAGCUCACCGAGUUUGCAGACUUGUCACUUGACAGCCCCGUACAGCCACCUCAGCAGAGCUGGAAUCCUGCUCAUCGUCCGCGGCGAGACUUAUCACAGGCCUCACACUACACACAUUCGAAUGGUCACACCCCAGCGAGCAGCGGCUCGUGGUCGGUAGUAGAGCCACAGAAAGAUGACGCACAUGGAACCCCGAAAAAGAGCGGCCCCUCGUUGGAGCGCGAGGGUCCGAGCUACCGCACUUCGCAGGGAAGCUUGGAUAGCGUGGCCCAGGCGUCGGAUAGCUGCGAACCUCUGACCUACCACCACCAGCAACAGCCGGCUGCAACACCAACCAAGAAACCCGCACCCAAUACCGAAGAUAACCCGUCCGCCUCGACCGAUAAGCUGGCCGUUAGGCGAUCAAGGCUUUCGCGGCCUCUUUCGACAUACUCCUCGGGCUCAGAUGGGGGUCACCGCCGGAACCUCUCCGCAUCGCCGUAUCUACAGGCGCAAUCCUCGCCACAGAAUUCGACUGGAACCCCCGAAAACAGGUCUUCUUCACUCCUCGAUUUGCUCAACACCUCAUACCCACAGCCCGGCCCAACAGCACAAUUCGACAACUCGCGUCUUCAAGCCUCAAUCGGAAACAACGCCUCUCUUCUGAGCCACAAGGAGACAUUCGAGAUGUAUCUCGCGAAUGUAAAGAAAACCGACGAGCCCAAGGUACUGUACGAAUUCGCCGUGUUCAUGGUAAACUCGAUGCGCGAGAUGCCAGUCACGGACCAAAACGAUACCAGCCCCAUAACGCGCGUUCGUCUUCUCCGCGAAUCAAAAUCCAUCCUCCAGCGUCUCGCAGACCGCAGCUACCCUUUCGCACAGUACUAUCUCGGCGACGGGUACGCGUCAGGCUUCUUCAGCAAAGGUGUUGAGGACCAUGACCGAGCCUUCCCGCUCUUCAUCGCAGCCAGCAAACACGGCCACGUCGAAGCCUGCUACCGCACAGCGCUGUGCUACGAGUUCGGCUGGGGAUGUCGCGCCGACGGCAGCCGUGCCGUGCAAUUCUACCGCCAGGCAGCGUCGAAAAACCACCCGGGCGCCAUGAUACGCAUGGCCCACGCCUGUAUCGCCGGCGACAUGGGACUGGGAAAGCGGUACCGUGAGGGGGUCAAGUGGAUGAAGCGCGCUACCGAAUCCGCCGAUGCGCAGUACAACUCCGGCCCGUACGAGCUCGGUGUCAUGCACGAGAAGGGCUUCGGAGAAGAUGUCUUCCCCGAUGCUACUUAUGCCGCGCAGCUAUUCACUAAAUCCGCGGAACUGGGUCAUGUGGAGGCUUGCUAUCGGCUUGGAGAUGCGUAUGAGCAUGGGAAGCUGAAUUGUCCGCGCGACCCGGCGCUCAGCAUCCAUUUCUAUACCUGUGCUGCGCAGAGCGGGCAUCCGGUGUCAAUGAUGGCGCUUUGUGCGUGGUAUCUCAUUGGCGCGGAGCCAGUGCUCGAGAAGGAUGAGAACGAGGCCUACGAGUGGGCUUUGCAGGCUGCGAAUCUCGGCCUCGCGAAGGCCGAGUAUGCCGUUGGCUACUUUACUGAAAUGGGUAUUGGCUGUCGUCGGGAUCCUCUCGAGUCAAAUGUGUGGUACGUCAAGGCAGCGGAUCAGGGCGAUGAGCGAGCCAAGCAUCGCAUUGCUACAAUCCGAGCUGCCGCAGAAGGCUCACAACAAGGCGUGGCUGGGCGCAAUGGAGCGACGCGGAACGGAGGCAGGCUCAAGAAAGCCGAGCGCAAGGAUAAGAGUCCAAGUCAGGGUCAGGAACCCGAAGUCGAAAGCCCUGCCAAACAGAAACGAUUCGUCAUUUUCUAA